AUGGUCCCGCUAGAGCAAGUGCUGAUGGAGAUCAAAUAUCAGAGGUUGCUCCAAUGGCCAGAGAGGAUGAAUGCACCACAAAGUAAAAGAAGCAAAGGGCGAUACUGCCUCUUCCAUCGAGACCACGACCAUGCUACUCAGGAUUGCUUUGAUCUCAAAAAAGAAGUGAAAGAGCUCAUCCAGAGAGGGUAUCUCAAAGAAUAUGUGGAAGAUCCUAAAGCAACUCAAAAUGGUGAGAACGAUAGUAAGUCACCCGCUCGAGAAAUUCGAACAAUAAUGGGAGGUCCGAUGGAGAGAGAAUUUGGCAGAAAGAGAAAGGCGAGUAUACGAGAGACCAGGACGAGCCAGGUGCAACAUGAAAUCUACCAUACAUUUGUUGCAAAACAGCCAGCAAAAAUCGAGUUCUCAGAGGAUGAGGCAACUCAUCUCCUCCACCCGCAUAACGACGUACUGGUCAUUACUCUAAAAAUAGCCAAUGCAAAGGUGCAUCGGAUCUUGGUAGAUGGGGGCAGCUCAGCAGAUAUCAUUUCCUUGACAGCCUACAAAGCCAUGGAUCUAGGGGAGAGAGGGCGUAAAAGUAGUCCAGCAUCACUGGUAAGGUUUAGAGGAGAACGAGUCAUCCCUGAAGGGAGAACAGAAUUAACGGUGACAUUCGGAAGUGGGCCAAAAAGCAUCACCACGAUCAUGGACUUUCUAGUCAUUGACUAUGCAUCCUCCUAUAAUGCGAUACUCGGAAGACCAACAAUACACAUGCUCAAAGCAAUACCGUCCACGUACCACCAGUCUAUCAAUUUUCCAACACAUGGUGGGAUAGGUGAGAUCAAAGAAGAGCAACGAGUAUCACGUGAGUGCUACUACACCUCAAUGAAGGGCAACGACAGGGCUUCUACUGCGGGCGGCCAUUGA